AUGGGCGUCCCACGAGCAUCAAAGCAGUGGCUUCUGCGUGAGAAGCCCUUCGGCGAACCGAUUCUAGAAGGAGACAAGUCAACCUUUGUCCUGUCCCAAGCCGAUAUUCCCCCUCUCAAGGAUGGUCAGGUUCUUCUAAGAACUCAAUACCUCAGCAAUGACCCUGCUCAACGUACCUGGAUCUCCCCUUUCGCCAGUCCAGAGCGUCUUUACCUUCCGCCUGUGGAUGUUGGCGCAGUCAUGAAGUCCAUGGGCAUCGCAGAGGUUGUCGAAUCUCGUAGCUCCGAUGUUCCUGUGGGGAGCCUGGUAUCCGGUACCCCUGGCUGGACCGAAUACUCAAUCGACGACGCCAAGAAUGUUGCGAUCAUUGAACCCCAGCAUGAUCUACCUAUCACACACUUCCUUGGCGCGCUGGGUCUGCCUGGACAUACGGCGUACUACGCCCUUACGCAAAUUGUGAAGGCCAAGAAGGGAGAGGCGAUUGUCAUCAGCGGCGCGGCCGGCGCCGUGGGUACGAUGGCGGUUCAAAUUGCGAAGAAGAUGAUCGGAUGUCGCAAAGUGAUUGGAAUUGCGGGCAGCGAUGACAAGUGUCGCUGGGUCGAGAAGCUCGGGGCCGACAUCUGCCUGAACUACAAGUCCGACGCCUUCAAGCAGCAGCUCACGAAAGAGACUGAGGGUUUUGUUGAAAUCUACUUCGACAACGUUGGCGGCGAGAUUCUAGACUUUAUGCUAACCAGGCUGGCCAAAUUCGGCCGAGUCGCAGCUUGCGGAUCUAUUUCCAACUACAAUCGUGACGGCAAUGCCGUUGGUUUGAAGAACUAUUUCCAAGUCAUUGCAAUGCGUCUGCAAAUCACGGGAUUCAUUGUCCUCGACUGGUUUGAGCAUCUGCCCGAGGUUCGAGCCAUUCUUCUCGAUGAGUGGAAGAAGGGAACAAUUGUCAUUGCCGAUGAGAGUGAGAUGGUUGUUGAGGCAGCUUUUGAAGAUAUACCUCGCACUUGGAUGAUGCUGUAUUCGGGAGGAAACACAGGAAAGCUUGUGACCAAGUUGAAGUACUAG